AUGGCCGUCCAGAAGUACACGGUGGCUCUAUUCCUCGCCGUGGCCCUCAUGGCGGGCCCGGACGCCUCCUACGCCGCUGACGCCGGCUACACCCCCGCAGCCGCGGCCACCCCGGCUACUCCUGCUGCCACCCCGGCUGCGGCUGGAGGGAAGGCGACGACCGACGAGCAGAAGCUGCUGGAGGACGUCAACGCUGGCUUCAAGGCAGCCGUGGCCGCCGCUGCCAACGCCCCUCCGGCGGACAAGUUCAAGAUCUUCGAGGCCGCCUUCUCCGAGUCCUCCAAGGGCCUCCUCGCCACGUCCGCCGCCAAGGCACCCGGCCUCAUCCCCAAGCUCGACACCGCCUACGACGUCGCCUACAAGGCCGCCGAGGGCGCCACCCCCGAGGCCAAGUACGACGCCUUCGUCACUGCCCUCACCGAAGCGCUCCGCGUCAUCGCCGGCGCCCUCGAGGUCCACGCCGUCAAGCCCGCCACCGAGGAGGUCCCUGCUGCUAAGAUCCCCACCGGUGAGCUGCAGAUCGUUGACAAGAUCGAUGCUGCCUUCAAGAUCGCAGCCACCGCCGCCAACGCCGCCCCCACCAACGACAAGUUCACCGUCUUCGAGAGUGCCUUCAACAAGGCCCUCAAGGAGUGCACGGGCGGCGCCUAUGAGACCUACAAGUUCAUCCCCUCCCUCGAGGCCGCGGUCAAGCAGGCCUACGCCGCCACCGUCGCCGCCGCGCCCGAGGUCAAGUACGCCGUCUUUGAGGCCGCGUUGACCAAGGCCAUCACCGCCAUGUCCCAGGCACAGAAGGUCGCCAAGCCCGCUGCCGCCGCUGCCACAGGCGCCGCAACCGUUGCCACCGGCGCCGCAACCGCCGCCGCCGGUGGUGCCACCGCCGCUGCUGGUGGCUACAAAGCCUGA